AUGUCUCGUCAAAUUUGCUUCGUAUUUGCUCUCUUCAUGAUCUCAUUCCUUCUUUUGGAUCAAGUUCACAGUGCUCCACAUCACAAUAAAAAACAUGCUGCUUGUCAAUACAGACUCUUCAAAACACUAAACACAUUAUGCAACAAAAUGGGAGAUCUCGAAACCAUCAAAGCCACAGCUGCUCGUUGUUGUAAGGAGAACUGUGAUCUGACAGAGAUGUAUUCUGCAUGUACACUGAAUCCAAACAAUGGAUCUGAUGAGUCAACAGAAUCGUAUUGA